AUGAAGUUUGUAACUCCUCAGACAGAAUAUGCCAGGCAGGACCUCCGGGACCGCCAGGAGCCCCUGGGUAUCCCGGAUAUAAGGGAGAAAAAGGGGCCCCUGGAAGUAAAGGACCACCAGGUCCAUGGGGGCCCCACUGGGGUUCCAGGCGAAAGUGGUGUUAGAGGACCAGUGGGACCUCAAGGAGAAAAGGGUGAAGGUGACAAAGGGCCCGUUGGAGCUCGUGGUAUUAGAGGAGAGACUGGAGAGAAGGGUCGUCAAGGACAAAAAGGAUCUAUUGGCUUAAAAGGGAACACAGGGGACGGAGGAUUGGUUGGUAUUCAGGGACCAACCAGAGAAUGUGUUGUUCCACCGGAGAUCAGUGUGUAUCCAGCAUCUCAGGAAGUCUUUAUCAAUGAGACAGCAAUAUUUUUCUGUUGGGUUCAAGGCCAGACGUCGUCCAAAAUAACAUGGCGUAGACUUGGAGGUACUCUAUCUGAUGCUACCGUGGAAGAUGGUGCGCUUCGAAUCAACAGCGUACAAAGGUCACAUGUGGGGUCGUAUAUGUGUUCAGCUAACACUGGUCUCAGAAAUCUAACGGGUUUCAGCACUUUACAAGUAAAAGGUAUGGAUAUCACUCCCUCAUUUUUCUGAUUUUUUAUAAUGUUUCUUUAACACCAGUGUAGACUGCCACUUGUAAAUGAACUACACAUUUUUGUCCUUCCACAGUGGGCCGUCGACAUUGAGUGUGUUCAGAUAGCAAUUUAGCACCUUUAAUAUCGAUCACGGGAAAAGUUAUGUCUACUUGAUAAUGUUAAAAAGUAUAAUAGGUUUUAGUUGUAUAUUCUUGCUAUUUUCAACGCUAAAGGUUUUCUCCGAUGUUACCAAAAGUUGCUAUUGCUGACGGUUGCUAUUGAUCACAUGAUGUUGUUUAUUACAUGUCGGUUUUUGAAUCGAUUUUACUCUACCUUCAGAGCCACCAACAUUUGUCAAGAAACUACCAUCUUUGGUCAUUGUAGAUGAAGGCUCCGUUUUAAGUCUCUGUUGCGAGGCUGUGGGCUCUCCUCCUCCUAACGUGGAAUGGUUACGCGCUCGUCAGGUGCACUCCGCUGAUACAUCAUUGGCUUUCGAGGAACAAGGCUGCCUCGAAUACAACCUUGUUGGGUUCAACAGCAACGGGACAUAUGUCUGCCGCGCAAGAAACCGCUUCGGACUGGCAGAAAAAACAACGACAGUAGUAGUCGUCAAGACAAAAGGUGUCUUUAAAUCAAUAAUAUGACUUGCCAUCAUUCCAGUUAUCAAAUACUCAUUGCAUACCAAUCCAGAGACCAAUUCUGUCAUGACAGUAACACCAAUAGCUUACUUAAAUUAACAAAAACUGUACAGAAUUCCAAAAAUACAAACACUUGUUACAUGGUUAAGCAUCUCGGAGCGCUCUUUUCAAUAAUCAAAGAUUUAUAAGCGCGUCGUUAAAACUGACUGGGGUCACGUCCCUGAUUGUCAUGAUCUCCGACAAUAUCUUGCACAUGAGACUCAAAAUGAUGAUUAUAAUACAUGAAUAGGUGGGUCAAUAACACCAAUAAACAAACAAACAACUACAUGCCCUAGCUCCUGGCCUAUCCCGUGAGUAACUAGCCGGUAUCUUCGUCGAAAUGUGAAAAAUCCUAAGUUUAAUACAUUUGUCGUAAUAUUGCCUACAUUCAGGCUAGCGGUUAUCUCAUUACUAACAUCUAGGCGACCGUAUAAAAAAAUUGGCAUCCAACAAUUUUUCACUGUCGGUGUGAUUUAGGUUUUUCGUUUAGUUCUGUUCCGUGUGCUUUCUUUUUCUUGUGUGUUCUUAUGCCUCCCUUUCUAGAACGAGAACCACAAAAACAUGUUGAUAUCUUCGUAAAUAUUUCCUCCCUUUUCUUAUUCAUUAUCCAUGUCUUCUUUUUAUCAACUUUCAGUACAUUCUUGUGAAGAAGUUUCAAAGAAAAAAAUGGGGAGACAUCCCGGAAGCUUCGAGCUUCUCGCGGUCAAUUUUCGAUAUAAAGUAAGUCUAGAGCCUUUAUUUCUCUUUCAGAAUAAAUACUUCCAAAGGUUCUUAAUAGUAGCAGGCAAGUCAAGAAUUUGAAGAAAACGACAAAACUUUUAAGUUUGCAAAACAUGUUUGGACAGAAACUUCUGUCAUCUUCAGUUAAUUAAUGUACAAAGCGUUGGAAGUUGAAUUUAUAGUGAGUAGAAAAUGCUAAUUAUGAUAAAUGCCGACAACAAGAAAGAGGCAAAGCAUGAAAGUGUGAGGGUUAAAAGGAUAGUUUUAGAUUUACAUGGUGUGAUUGUUGAUUCGAAGAGGGUUGUAUAUGAAUAGCCUCUUUUAUCUUAAGUUGAAAAUAUCCUUUCAAUUUUCACACUUUCACUAUAAAUUCAACUUCCAACGCUUUGUACAUUAAUUAAAUGAAGAUGACAGAAGUUUCUGUCCAAACAUGUUUUACAAACUUAAAAGUUUUGUCGUUUUCUUCAAAUUCAGAAUAAAUUAAAUAUGAAUUAUUGCUUUAAAGACGAUCUCGUAGAUAAAACAAUCUUUUUUACUUUUCCUGUCCUUGGUUUGUUUUGUUGUUUGUUUUUGUUUUGUUCGGUGUUGAAUUUUUCUGUUGUGUUCUCUUUUUUUUACUCUCCGGACGAGAGCUUUUUUAAGCCAAAUAAAGAGUUCAAUGUACUUCGACUUUUCUUUCAGCCUUACUGACAGUAUAAACUUUAAUAAAAAAAAAUUAAUAGUCGCCAUCUUAGCAUCACCCAGGAAUCCAAAGAUAAUAGAAUAUUUUUCCGUCGAGAACAUUUCAUAGCACAUACCAACAAGAAAGCACACGUUUUUCAAUGGGUUGCACCUAUUUACAUCUUCCGGUCAAAAAUUCAGUCGCGAUGGCAAUUAAAAAAUUACACAUUUAAAUUAAAAAGAGACUCUUAGUGAGAGAAAAACCUUUCCUGAUGUGAAGAGGUGCCUUCUCACUUUCAUUCUCACCUCUCCUAUCCCACCCCUCCUUCUCACUGAGUGCAAGAGUUACGACUAGAUCCCAAGCCUCCCGGUGAAUAUUUCAAUUUUUUAUCUUAUGGUUUUAAAGCUGUUAGAGUACUUCAUAUCUAUCAAGGUAUUUUGUCAAUUCCUCACCAACUUAUAACCAAAAUAAUAAAUGCCCUGCUUUUGAUUGUAAUAUAUUUGCAAUGUACUUUUAGGUCUAUUGUGAUAUCAGAGCAAGUCUUGAAGGAUGGACCCUUAUCGCUCGAUUCUCAAACAGCGAUGGCAAAAAUUGGAUGCGUGACGAUGGUAGAUGGUGGUAUGACCAGCAAGCUGCCAUAGGAACAACAAAUGAUCCAUCAGUAAACGCUGAUAUGAUCUCACCAGCAUUUUGGUUGGUCAGAGGAAGCGAAUUUAAGAUCACGCGCAGUGACGACCCCAGCCACACCCCUCUGUUACAGACCACAGGUAACUGUUUGGGUGGACAAACAUUCCGAUCUAAAAUCACAAGUUAUGGCGACUUUAGAAAUGGCAAGGUCUGGGCCAUUGAUCAGUGUCUGGGAAGUUGUACGGUUCAAUAUGGCGGACAGUACAAGUCAACAGACGGGUUUCAACAGGCUGAUUGCAAUGGAGACAUCCAAAGCGCCAACAAAAUCGGCUUCUGGUGUGACUGGAGUAGUGGGGAUGGAUCAGUGAUGAUGAUUGGUGGGGGAGGAAGUAACUGUGCACGUGCUGAUCAUGGGAUUGGGAUCACAGAAACUGCCGCUGCUUCUUUCGUUGAAGAUGGUGGUAGUGAAACUGAAUAUGACUUUGGUUAUGAUGGUGAAAAAAAUAAAGCUCCAUCCCAGUCCUACUCGUUGAACUUAUGGAUACGUUAA